UUCCAUCCAGAGAUCCUUCUGUUUGCGCGAGCCUUGCUAACGUUAGCUUUUCUGUGAUAUCUUUUCACAAUCAGAGGCUAGCAAAUAGUACUAUCUCAUUAUUUGCUGAAGGAAGUUACCUAAGCUAGUUUGAGUUGUGUGAUACAUGUUCCUCACUCAAAACGAUGUCAGCAAGUUGGCCUUUCUGUCAUGUAAUGAUAGUCAGCCACAUGAUCUGAAUGCGUAGUGACAUCGUAGUGGUGCUGAUUCGGUCAGUGUAUACUAGAUGCCAUGGCUGCCUCCAACUCCAUUAAACCCUUCAGCACAGAGGAGACCCAGAUGAUUCUGAGCCAUCUGCAGCAGCCAGCAGUCUUCAUGAACAUGACCUGUGGCUGGCCCGUUCUCCACUGGACUGCAGAGAACUUGUCUGGCUGCCUUGGUGACAAACUGAUCCGAUUUAGACUCGGGAGAAAAGGGAAGAUGCUCACACCUCUGUUUGAAACUCAGUGUUCCUUUGUGGAGGCCAAACUGGCACACUUUCUUAGCUGGACCCGGGGUCAUUCUAGGCCAGACGUUGGACCUUUCUCUGAGUUCUCCUAUGCAGAGUAUUGGGCUUAUGCUGACUACAAAUACAUUGCCAACCUGUUUCAAGAUCAGCCCUCCAUGUUUAAGGAUGUGAAAUGGUCAGACUUUGGUUUUGAGGGCCGUGGCGGAAGAGAGAGCACCUUAUGGAUUGGCACAGAGGGAGCCAACACACCAUGUCACCUGGACUCUUAUGGCUAUAACCUGGUACUGCAGGUACAGGGACGGAAACGCUGGCACCUCUUUCCUCCAGAGGACACUUCUAAACUCUACCCAACCAGGAUUCCAUAUGAGGAAUCCAGUGUCUUCAGCAGGGUGGAUGUGCUCCAUCCAGACCUGCGGAGUUUCCCUGACUUUCAGAGAGCCAGAGCCCAUAUUGUCACACUGCAGCCAGGACAGGUGCUUUAUGUUCCCAGACACUGGUGGCACUAUGUGGAGUCAGUGGAUCCCAUCACUGUCAGCGUGAACUCCUGGAUCGAGUUGGCAGUGGAUGAUGUGGCAAGAGUUAGUGAAGCUGUAACCAAGGCUGUUGUCUGCGCUAUUAAAAGUGCUCCGAGUGAUGACAACACUGACAACUGGCUCAAUCCCACUGAGGAAGCAGUAGCAUCUCAUAAUGAGAACAUGCAAUAUGUGAACCUGGCAAUUAGGGCUUACGCUGAAAGACAGAAGGAUCUCUGCUACAGCAAACUGACCCAGGACCCAAAAGACACCUGUCCAGCUAAACAGGACUCCAGCAGACAAAUUAGGAAAAACUGUGAUUUGAUUAGGGAUUCUGUACCCUUCAGCAUUCCCUUUGGGCCAAAUCUCAUCUCUGUGCAUUGUCAGCAAGAGGACUCACCAGAAAUGAAGGAAAUGACCCCAAAAGAUCUGGAGGUCAAAUCUUCCAGAUACUGUGCAGGCAAAUCUCAAGAGGACUGCUCUGUCAGCUCAAAUGCAGUGCAGAAAACUGAGCCUCUAUCUGCUGUCAGACUCUGCCAGGGAAAACGUGAAUGUAGCCCUGGUUUAACUCCGUGUAGAGCAUGUGAUUCUGCAGAUGGGACAUCAGAGAACAAUUCAGAGCAUUAUGAGGAAUCAAGACAUGCAACAGUAACCACUAACGACCUGUUAGAUUGCCUACUACAUCCUGAUAUCAUCAUCCGUGUCACUGAGCUUUUACUUGAAAGGCACACAGGGAGUCACAGGACCACUGCACCAUCCUAUCCUUAAAAUUCAUCUGCCAUAAUAUAUAAGUCUCACUGGAGUUUACAGUGAUGCAGAGCUGUGAAAAAACCCUAAAGAUCUUUCGCUGCAGAAAUCCAUCCUCCAAGCUAACAGUAAUGCUUUGGUGUCAUUAAGAAGUGAGAGGAGAAAGAUGAAGAUUGACGCAGAGUUUCAUCCUACAUUUCUUUUUCUUCUCAUCCGCCAAGGUCCUCUGGAGAUUAACCCCAGAUGCGACAAGUCAUAACCAAAACUAAUUGUAAUGCAAUGAACGAUGCCAUUGAGUGGCUCUAACAUUUCCUUGUUUUGUUGUCCAGCACAUACUAAUCCUGUUUGGUUCCUCCAGGGAAAGAAGAAUGGCCACUUAAAUCAAUUUAAUAUGCUAAUAAGCCAAAUAAUUCAAGAUGAUAUUCCUGGGAUGUGAACAUUUGUUUUCUGCAUAAUGUUUCUCUGUCAUUUAGUAAUGAGAGUUGUCACUGAACGGCACAGAGGGCCGUAAUGGUUUGAUGAUUGAUUAAAGCUGCAUACGGAGCCAUGAAUGAAAUGGGGAUGUUUGAAUACAGUCUCCCACCACAGGUCACACAUCCCAGAAGAGACAAAUAGAGGGUUUGUACUUACAAAUAAAAUAAAUACAAUCUUUACACCAA